AUGAAGACUGUUGCUGCCAUCCUCUGCCUAGCCCUUCCUCUUCUCGCCAGCGCGGCCCCCAACCUCGACAAAAGAGAGAUGUGCAACGUAUUCAACAACGAUGGCCCCGUGCACUGCAGAAGCAGUCCGUCUUUUAGCGCCAAAUCAGUUACCACGAUUGGCGAUGGAGAUGCCUGGGAGUUCUCUUGCUAUAAGUCAGGAGACUGUUAUGAAGGAGUUUGUUCGUGGGAUUACAUCCCGGGAUUGAAAUGCUAUAUCAACGGAUUUUAUACUUCAGACCAGUGCAACUCCAAAAACCUUCGCAAGUGUUAAUCAGAGUCCAUGCCCGGGGUUAAAACGACGAAGGACGAUUUCAGUGUUUGAUUAGCGGACUAGAUCUCCGGCGUCAGGGCCAUAGGGAGCAAGAAACAGCGCUGCCAGCUACCGCUGCGAUUUUUGCGAUUUUUUUCUGCGUGCGGUGCAAUUUAAACCGGGUUCUGAGCUGUCUUGAGACACCCUUACCGAAUAAGCAUAGUCUUAUUGCUAGACGAAAUACAGUAGACAUAAUUCAUCGUGCG